GCAGGUCCUAACUACUAACGUUUUUAAUCCGGUUCGUUGCGCCCGCGCAUCACUCGCUUACUUGCACUCAUACUCCGCGCCUGUGCUCUCGUCUCUAUCAAUCGCGAUUUUUUUAAUUAAUCGACAAUUUAAUUAAUUAAUUAAAAGUAACGAAAUCAAAAUGUACAAGUCACUGGUGGUUUUGUGUGUUGCAUUCUGUGUGGUUAUAGAAGCACGUCCAAAAUGGCAGAUCCUACCGCCAAUGCCAGGCUACGUCCCCGUCUACAUCAGAACUGGUGACACCCCGCUCGAAGAGAUAAACCCUGAGUUAGCAGAGGCUUUCCACGCACUCCCAGCCGGCCGGAGCGCAGGAAAAGAUCUGGAAGCCUCGCCAGAUAUACCUGAACAGGCUGAUCAACCACAACCAGAGAUUCCAGAAAUUUCACAGCUAUCAAAAAUCCCAAAGAACUCAGAAGUGGACGAUAUCAUAGACAAACGCCCGUAUGAGAAAAAAAUCUUGGAGAAAAAGAAAAAAGCCACUUUUGACAUUUCGAAACCAAUUGAACGUAGAUAAAAAACGCGAUAGUUGAUAAUUCCCGUGCUUAUAUUAAGUGUUAGUUAAUAAAUACUCACUCUAGUGCCCUAAAUAAGCUUGCCAUCCGCUUCGAUUAUUUAUUUUAUAAUGUAAACUAUUUUUGUAGCAUUAAAUUAUUUUUUUUCUUAA